AUGGACGACACAGCAGGCGGCAAUUCGCCACGCUACGUCCGUAGCCGUGUCAGCAACGCCUGUGACGGCUGCAAGGCGCGCAAAGUAAAAUGCGACGGCAAACUUCCUUGCGGAUACUGCGCAGGCCGGCGGCGCGGCGAUAGCUGUCACUACUCGGCACAGCGGCGCCGACGGAAUGCCGCGCACGGCGCUCACGGCACGACAACGCCGCCCGGAACUAUCGGCGCAGGCACAGCGUCGCCGACGCCUGAUGUACAACAACGACCGCUUCCAAGUGCUGAAAGCCGGCAAUUGCAGGGUGAAGAAGACCACCACGGGGAGACGGCGAGCGCGCGGAUCCCGGCCGGGGCGCGCAAUCGAGGCCAGGGUUAUGCCCGACGCCAGACAGCGACUGCAGAAGCAAACCAGAGUUUGGCGAGUAAAGGUGCUGAACGGCGGCGGCGGAACAGCGGAGCAAUACGGAACCAGCCCACCGAGGCUGCCGAGGACGAUACAGACGUUCCGCGCGAGGCACGACUCUUGCGCGACGCGCACGGCAAGCUCAUCUUCAUCGGCGAUUGCGCGCCGCUGUCCUUUUUCCAGUCUGUCCGGCAGGUAGUGACCAGCCGCGUGAGCCAGCACGCAUUUGCGCCGCAGACCAGCCGUUAUUCCGUCUUGGAAAAUGCACCCGCGCAUCCGCCCCGACGCGGUGGCGGGGUCUCGGAGCCGACAUCCAACGGCGCGCCGACGGUGCACCCGGGCGACGUGGCCGCCGCCGUCUCCGCGUACCUGUCCACCACGACGGGCAUGAUUGACCUGUUCCACGACCGCGCGACGCUGCUCGACGACCUGCUCCUCUGGUCCGAGGGCCAGCCGCACCGGCGGCCGCAGGACGGCGCCUCGACCAUCAAGUACCUCGUGCUGGCGAUUGGGCGUCUGACGGACGACGAGGCGCUGGCGCAGGAGUACUUUGAGCACGCCAGGAGCCGGGCGUACGUCGACAUGAGCGGCGACCUGAGCGCCGAGACGGUGCAGGCCUUUGUGCUCAUCACUGUGUACAUGCUGUGCUCGUGCCAGAUCAACGGCGCGUUCCUCUUCUUCGGCGUCGCGGCGCGCGCGGCCUACUCGAUCGGCGUGCACCGCACCGAGGUGAAUGCGCGCUUCGGCGAGGCGGUGCACCGCCAGCGCGACAACCUGUGGAAGAGCCUGCGCGCCGUGGACCUCUUCCUCAGCACGUCCAUGGGCCGCCCGCCGGCGACGUCGGACAUUGACUGCACCGUGUCGUACCGCGCGCUUGACGACGACGGCCACGAGGUUCUGGAUCUGCUGAAUGCGUCGGUGCAGAUUUUACUCAUUACCGAGACGAUUGUCGUGGAGAUUUACUCGCGGCGCAAAAUCUCGCUGCAGCUGACCGAGGGCAUCUCGCUGCAGCUGCGCGGCUGGUCGGACCGCUGGCUGCAGCCGCUCAAGGACGUCGUCGCGACCGACGAUGAGGCGCAGGUCAGCGGCGCGUGUCAGGUUCUCUCUACGUAUUACUACGCCGUCAUGCUGGUCUCGCGGCCGUUUCUCAUGUACGAGCUGUAUCGGAGACUGUCGGCGGACGCGCCUGCGCCGCCGCACGGCGCCGCCACGCUGUCGUCGGGAAAGACGAAGCUGGCGGAUGCCUGCAUCGACGCGGCCAGCUUAAUGGUCGACCCGGUGCUGGACCUGAUGGAGCGAGGCCUGCUGCACCACCGGGCCCCGUUGCUGGUGUCGUGGCUGUUUGCCGCGUCGCUGGUCCUCGGCGUCGGCCUGCUGGGCGGGUUCGGCCGGAUCCUGGAAAAGUACGCGCGCAUGUCGAUCCAGACGCUGGACCACUUUGCGCAAACGGACGGGCACGCGGCGCAGUACAGCCUCAUCGCGCAGUCGCUCCUCACGACCGCCCUGGAGGACCUGGAGAGGCGGGAGCUGCAGGAGCGCACGAGACGAACGGAGAGCUCGAGUCAGCUGUUUGGCCUGAUGCCGCACGAUGGUGCCCGUGUGUCGAUGGGUGGUACUGGCGGUGCCGGCGGGAGCGGAAGCAACUCGCCGAGGGAAGCUGCUGGCCCUCGAGCAGCUGCGCUUCGGACACCGGCAACGACGACGACGGGACGAGGAGCACCAGCCCCCGGCUUGACACCAGCAUCGAACAGGGCGGAGAGCGGUACACUGCGGAGUCAUCCAGCUGUAGCAUCGCCAAUGGCGUGGCAAGCACGCCGCGAUAGUGCUGCCGUUCCGACCCCUCGCAUCGGGGACAUUGACUCGGCGUUUCUCGGGCUGUCAGAGUCCAUGUACACACCCGACGCGGACUACUGGAGCAACUCCUUUGGCGUCAACGAAGACGAUGCGGUGAAUCUGUUUCCGCUAUUGGAUGCAGGCGGCGGCAUUGACCUUGCGCAUUACUUCUAA